AUGUCAAAGUACAAAAAGGCUGGAGUAAGCAAAGAGAAACAGGAUACUGAUCAGAGAAUGGCUACACACUAUAUGUGCCACUGUCGGCACCCGCCCAAAUAUAGUCCGAGCAUUGUUGCUUGCUUAUGCCAGGGUGGUGGAGGCUAUUGUACCUGCAUGAAUGUUAUUCCUUUUGAUGAUCACCUACGACGCAGACUACCAAUUUUAGUAGAGACAUAUUCAGUUAGAUUGUUUGAUGAAUCACGUUCAAAGAUAACUCAAAAGCGCAACAUACUAACGGGGUCCCCCGCCCACGGAAUGACAUUUGUCAAUCCACCAGUGCAGGCGACUGUCAAUCCUGAUUGUACAAUGUGUGCGCUAAGACAAAAGGUAGACACCAGCACAGCGACCUUGAGAGGACAUCGAUAG